GUCAUGAAAAGGAUUACUAGUGACACAACCUCGCAACACUGUUUUCAGGGAUGACAAAGGGAAAUAUACCUAUCUAUAUCGAAUGUUGAAGAAUAGUUAGUAUUGGUAGUAGUGGAUUUAGUGAGGCUGUCUUGCUUAUAUUCUAUGGAAACGUAUUUAAUCGAGAGCAAAAUGCCUUGCCAUAAUCAGCAGAUGAACAAUAAUGUAGGUGACAGUCAGGAGCACGCGGCUAAGCAGGUCCGUUUCAAUAAUAACAGCUUUCAGGCACAAUCGGCACCGUUAACUGACGGAGACAGCGAAAGCCCCAAUAACACAGUGACGCUCCUAAGUGCCGACUCUCAGUAUAUGAUCGGACCGCAGUUGAAACUCCUUCCACUGAAUGACCAAAUCCGAGAACUACAGACCAUCAUAAGAGACAAGUCGACCAGUAGAGGUGAUUUUGUAUUCUGUGCGGAUAGACUGAUAAGAUUAGUGGUUGAAGAGGGCCUCAAUCAGCUCCCCUACAGUGAAUGCACAGUCACCACUCCAACAGGGCACAAGUAUGAAGGCGUCAAGUUUGAGAAGGGAAACUGUGGAGUCAGUAUCAUGAGAAGCGGGGAGGCUAUGGAGCAGGGCCUGAGGGACUGCUGUCGCUCCAUCCGCAUCGGCAAGAUCCUCAUCCAGAGCGACGAGGAGACGCAGAAGGCCAAAGUGUACUACGCCAAGUUCCCCCCGGACAUCAGCCGCCGCAAGGUCCUCCUCAUGUACCCCAUCCUCAGCACAGGAAACACAGUAAUAGAGGCGGUGCGAGUUCUCCGAGAGCACAGGCUCCUGGCCAAGCACAUCAUCCUCCUCAGCCUCUUCUCCACACCACACGGUGCGAAAUCAAUCAUUCAGGAGUUUCCUGACAUCACCAUACUGACUACGGAAGUCCACCCCGUGGCGCCAACUCACUUUGGACAGAGAUACUUUGGAACUGACUGAACAACAACACUGUGGAUCAAUAUGUUACACACACACACACACACACACACACACACACACACACACACACACACACACACACACACACACACACACACACACACACACACACACACACACACACACACACACACACACACACAAACACACACACAGUCUUCUAUUGUUGCGGUGCGUCAUUGCUUUUGGACAGGUCAACGUGAAACGUUGUCUAACGAAUGUGUAUACGGUAUGUUUGCUUUACGUUUAGCCUCUUUGAGAUUUGCAGCCUUAAUCACAUCUACAAGUAGUAUCUAGUCCUUGCACAAGUGUAGUCGAUAACGUCACAAGACAGCAAAUAUCUAAAAAGAUGUAUGCGCUGCAAUUCCAUGGCACAGGGAAGCAAAGUGCAAAUGCCACAUUCCAAACUUGUGGGCUACAUCAGCAAAUUUGUUGCAUGGGCUACUACUGCAGUACAUACGUCCUAUCUGCUUUCUCGUAGGUCAAGUUUAAAAAAAAGAUAUAAAAUAAAAU